AUGAGUUUGAUGAGCACAAGGAUUGAGUCAUUGCCGGAGGAAUGCCUAUCACACAUCAUAUCUUUAACUUGUCCAAAGGAUGCGUGCCGUUCAUCUCUCGUUUCGUGUACUUUCCGUGAUGCAGCCGAUUCCGACUUGGUCUGGAAUAAAUUCCUGCCGUUGGAUUACUCUGACAUCAUCUCCAAUUCUGUGUCUCCUUUUUUCUUCUCCUCCAAAAAGGAUUUGUAUGCUAAGCUUUCCUCUACCCCGCUUCUUAUUGAUGGUGGUCAAAAGACAUUUUUACUGGACAAACAUACAAACAAAAGAUGUUACAUGUUGAGUGCAAGGGAACUCUCAAUUACUUGGUCUACAAACUCUCCUUAUUGGCACUGGAAACAUCUCUUUCACUCCAGGUCGAGUCAAUUUACUUUUCUCAUUACACAGUUUCUUAUUUAACUUCUUUUUAUUUCAAAUUC